GAAACCCCCUUCGCCAGCCUCUCUGGCCACCUUCACGGAAAAGCAUUCCCCCCCACUUCUCUCUACAAAUUCAACACCGCCUUUCCCUCCCAUCCGUCUCGAUUCACAUGGCGAGCUCCACGACCACGCUCUCCUCCUCCCUCAUCUUCCUCGUCCUCCUCCUCGCCCGCGCCGGAUCCCCCGCCGCCGCCAUGCUCGACCCCGUCGACUUCCUCUCCCUCCAGGCCAUCGGCAAGUCCCUCCGCGACACCCCCGGCUCCAACUUCUUCGCCUCCUGGGACUUCACCGCCGACCCCUGCGGCUUCCCUGGCGUCCUCUGCGACUCCUCCUCCCCGAACCGCGUCGUCUCCCUCUCCCUCGGCGACCCCCGCGCCUCCGCCCCCGGCCUCACCGGCCGCCUCCACCCGGCCCUCGGCAACCUCUCAUCCCUCACCGAGCUCACCCUCGUCCCCGGUCGGGUCUUCGGGCGGAUCCCUCAGUCCCUCUACGGGCUCAGGAAGCUCCGCUUCCUCGGCCUGGGCAGAAACUUCCUGUCAGGCGGCAUCCCCCCUGACCUCGGGCUGCUCCGGAACCUCCAGACCCUCGAUCUGAGCUACAACCGGCUCACCGGCCCAGUUCCAAGGGCGGUCGGGUCAUUGCCGUCGCUCUCCAACCUCGUCCUCUGCCACAACCAGCUCUCGGGCCUGGUCCCUCCGUUCCUGUCCUGGACGUUGACCCGGAUCGACCUGAAGCACAACCAGCUCUCUGGUCCGAUCCCGCCGACUUAUCUCCCUCCUUCCCUGCAGUACCUCUCGCUCUCCUGGAACCGGCUAAGUGGCCCCGUGGACCGCCUCCUGAACCGGCUCGGCCGGCUCAACUAUCUGGACCUCAGCAUGAACCGGUUCACCGGCCCGAUCCCCGGACGGGUCUUCAGUUACCCGAUCACAUCCCUACAGCUCCAGAGGAACGCGUUCUUGGGCCUUCUUCGACCGGCAGGGCGAGUUGCGAUCCCGACCGUGGACCUGAGCUACAACAGGCUAUCGGGGGAGAUACCGCCGGAGUUCGCGACCGUCCAGAGCCUCUACCUGAACAGCAACCGGUUCACGGGCCAGGUGCCGGGGAACUUCGUGGACCGGUUGCUCGGGUCGAGCAUACGGGUCUUGUAUCUGCAGCACAACUUCCUGACGGGGAUCGAGAUCAAUCCGGCGGAGGAGAUUCCGGUGACCGCCUCCCUGUGUCUGCAGUACAACUGCAUGGUCCCUCCCGUACAGAGUCCCUGCCCGUUGAAGGCCGGGACGCAGAAGGCCCGGCCGACAUGGCAGUGCCACGAAUGGAGGAGGAGGAAGGGGUAAAUAUGGAAAAAGGGGAGUAAAAAAGGCGGCCGAAAUUACACGAAAUAAACCAAAUAAUAACCAUAGUCAUUUAAACGUCAGUUUCGUGAAGGGUUUGGGAUUUAUUGGUUGUUGCAUUUAUUAAUUAAAUGAAUCUUAUCGAUGUCCAUAUUAUUAUUAUUCUUUGGCGACGCUUAGAAGCUUCUAAUGUACGCCAUGAAUUUGGAGCAAGAUGACUAAGGAGCGCACGAGUACACUGAA